AUGGACGACAGCCACGGUAAGGCGAUUUUGACGGUUACAGCCGUUUUUCUUGCUAUUUCGGCCGUCAGUGUUUGCCUGCGAUGUUUUGUACGCCUCCAUCUCGUACGGGCGUUUGGGUGGGAUGAUAGAGUGAUGUUGCUCGCAAUGGCUUUUAAUCUCGCUUUCGCGGUUUGUGGCAUUGUCGGGUGUCAAUAUGGGAUGGGCAGGGAGUUAGCCUACUUUAUUGUCUACCCUGAAGACUUCCCUCGAGCGAUGCUGUGCUGGUGGCUGGGCCAGAUUUUCUACGUGAUAACAUGUGUUGUCGCCAAAGUCUCGAUCAUUAUUACCCUGUUACGCAUCACAGUCGACCGCAUCCACGCCUGGAUCCUUUACAGCGCCAUCGCUAUAGCUACUGCCGUGGGCCUUGUGUUCCUCCUCUUCACUAUCUUCGAAUGCCAGCCAGUUGACUUCUUCUGGAAUCGAUCCUCGGAGCAGGGCACUUGUAUUGACCCGGACGUGUUGCUGGCAAUCGCAUAUCUAUACAGUGUUGGUGCCGCCAUUACCGACCUGACCAUCGGGCUUCUCCCCGUGGCGUUCAUCUGGAAUCUGCGGAUGAGCCUACGCAACAAACAAGCUAUAAUUGGCAUCCUGGGAAUUGGCUGCAUUGCAAGUGCUGCCGUCAUCAUUCGGAUUCCUUUCAUUAGUCACUAUAAGGACAAGCAAUUCCUCUACAAUACCUACCAAAUCUCCAUCUGGUCCAACAUCGAGGCCGGCCUGGGCAUCACCGCAGGCUGUCUCACAACACUACGACCCCUCGUCCGGUUUUUCCGCGACGGGUCCUCCGCAUCCCGCAGUCCCAAUCGUAAUGCCGGCACGUAUCAUCUGUCUAGCAACAUGCCAUCCGGCAUUGUCCGUGCUUCGCGCUCGAAACAGGAUGAUCGUAGCGACAUGCACCACUUGUGGAACCUCAGUGAAGACGACGAUUACCACGGGGUGACAACGACAAUCAUGGGCAGUACAAACCCGAUAGAGAAUAGCAGCAGCGAGGAAGAUCUCAACCCUAGCCACCAGAGGUGGAAAGUUGAGCGAUCCGUUUGCGUGUCGGUGCAAGAUGCAGACUGA